CUUCUUUUUCUGCAGAAAAGGAGGAAGAAACGAGCAACAAAUUAAUCAGACAGGAAGCGAAUAACCACAGAAGGACGUCUGCCUCUGACUCAGUAUGUCACAUUUAACAAGAGGCCAGAGCUGGUCCAAAAUGGCUGUCCCCAAACCAUCCCACGUUUGCGUUAGAAGAUGAUGCCUUUCUCGGGGACGGUUUUUCUCUCAUGUCUCGCUUGCUCUCUGUCUGCCUGUGUCCCUGAUUCAUGCCUUCCUGCAGUCUCCUUUAACGAUUCAUCAGCCAGACUGUUGAAAGCCUAACUGUCCAGGAUGCCCGUCCCACCCCCUCCAGCACCCCCGCCGCCGCCCACGUUUGCUCUGGCCAAUACAGAAAAGCCUACCUUGAAUAAGUCGGAGCAGGCUGGGAGAAAUGCUCUUCUCUCUGACAUCAGCAAAGGGAAGAAAUUAAAGAAGACGGUCACCAAUGACAGAAGUGCACCGAUACUGGACAAACCUAAAGGAGCUGGUGCUGGUGGUGGCUUUGGCGGAGGUGGCGGAAUUGGUGGUGGAGGUGGCAGUGGCGGUGGCGGUGGAAGUUUUGGAGGGGGUGGACCACCCGGUUUGGGAGGACUGUUCCAGGCUGGCAUGCCGAAGCUGAGAUCCACAGCCAACAGGGAGGGUGAUUCUGGAGGAAGCCGACCCCCAGUUUUGCCACCGGGAGGAAGAUCCACAUCUGCCAAACCGUUCUCACCCCCAAGUGGCCCAGGGAGGUUCCCUGUGCCUUCUCCAGGCCACAGAAGCGGACCCCCAGAGCCUCAGAGGAGCCGAAUGCCGCCCCCGAGGCCCGACGUGGGUGCAAAGCCCGAUAACAUUCCCCCUCCGGUGCCUAACACGCCGAGACCCGUCCCGUCAAGUCUGCACAACCGGGGGAGCCCCCUCGCGCCCGGGGCCCCCAGGCAGCCCAGCCCGGGGCCGACCCCUCCCCCUUUCCCAGGAAACCGAGGUGCUGCUUUCGGGGGAGGCUCCAUCCGCCAGAGCCCCUCUGCCUCCUCCUCGCCUUUCUCCAACAGGCCUCCCCUACCGCCUACUCCGAGCAGGGCCUUGGAUGACAAGCCCCCACCGCCGCCGCCCCCGGUGGGCAACAGGCCCUCGCUGCACAGGGAGGCCGUCCCUCCGCCUCCGCCGCAGAACAGCAAGCCCCCCGUGCCUUCAACGCCGCGGCCGUCGGCCUCCUCGCAGGCCCCGCCGCCGCCCCCGCCCAGCAGGCCCGGCCCUCCCCCGCUGCCUCCGGGCUCGGGCUCGGGCUCGGGCGGCGGCAGCGAUGAAAUCCCGAGGCUCCCGCAACGGAAUCUGUCCCUCUCAUCAUCGUCCUCGGCGGCGCCUCCCUUACCUUCACCGGGACGGUCGGGCCCUCUUCCGCCCCCGCCCACUGAGAGACCCCCUCCUCCGGUGAGGGACCCACCGGGCAGAUCAGGCCCUCUCCCACCACCUCCUCCAAUGAACAGAAAUGGCAGCACAUCUCGAGCUCUGCCUGCCACCCCUCAGUUGCCGUCCAGGAGUGGAAUAGAUAGCCCCAGAAGUGGGCCCAGGCCUCCUCUUCCUCCCGACAGACCUGGCGCAGGGGCACCUCCCCCACCUCCACCAUCCACAUCAAUCAGAAAUGGCUUCCAAGACUCUUCAUGUGAAGAUGAGUGGGAAAGCAGAUUCUACUUCCAUCCCAUUUCUGAUUUGCCACCUCCAGAGCCAUAUGUACCAACAACCAAGAGUUAUCCCAGUAAAUUGGCAAGAAAUGAAAGCCGGAGUGGAUCCAACCGAAGAGAAAGGGGUGCCCCACCCCUUCCUCCCAUCCCGAGGUGAUCCUUGCCUGCUCUUCUCCACCCAAGCCCAAGCGCUCCUUCUGUUGUUGCUGUCCAAGAGUCACACACCUCCUCCUCCUUUUUUCCCUUGUCCCCUUCACAUCAGCAGUAGGGAAGAAGGGAGAUGACACGGAAAUCUAUGUGUGCAGGGUGGGAAUGCAGUAAAGAAACGCACCUCGCUUUUCAUAUUGUAUAUAUUCUUAAAGCUAUUGCUUACUUCAGCUACAACCUGCCAGUGUUGGCUGCUUUAGGGAUGCCAUAGGCUUUUGUGGCAGGUAGGCAGAAAUGAAUUCUGUCUGAGCUUUCAACCAGCCAAAUUCAAACAUUCACUGCUUCUUUGCUACAGACUACAAUAUUAAAGUCCCUAAGAGCUGUCUGCCCCCAUGCCUUUUUUUGCAUGCUUGGCCCCCUGUCUGUUUCCAUGAACCAUAGACCACCUAAGGAAGUUGCUCACAUAAAAUGUUUGUGAUUAUAGGAUGUUCAGUCUUUGGCAGACUGAGGUAAGCUCUAGGACAGAGCUGUCCAACAGAAAUACGAGCCAUAUAUACAAUUUAAAAUUUUCUAGUAGCCAUGUUAAAAAAGGGAAAGAAAUAGGUGAAAUCAAAUUUAAUAUAUUUAUUUAACCCCAACAUCCAAAACAUGAUCAUUUCAACUUGCAAUCACUCUAACAAUUUUAAUGAGAUAAUUUUGUAUUUUGGGGGGUACUAAGUCUUACACAUCUCCAUUUGGACUUGUCACAUUUCAAGUGUUCAGUAGCCACCCAUGGUUGGUGGCUACCAUACUGGACAGCACAGGUCCAGCAGGUAGAGACUAGUGUAAAAACCUCUUGUUUAAAAACCAAAAAAAGGUAAGAUGAGAUUUAUCAAUUUAAGAGGUAACUAAAUAUAAAUUUAGGACCCAAAUACCUUGUUCGGCAGGUAGCUUGACCUUCAAUAUUGCUCCCUGAUUUUCCCUCUUCCCUUGAAAUUUAUAUGCAAAUGUUGCUUCACAUUAUCAAGGUCAGAAGUUGAUCUACUAGGGUUUACAGUUACUUGGAAUAAAGCCAUGGGAAAGAAAAUAAAAGCCCUGUCAGGGCUCCAGGGCUCAGAACCAGCUGCCUUGAGCUCACCUGUCGGUUGGCCUCCUGCCUUUGCAUCUGAAGUGGCUUCAUUCCUCUCCAGCCCAGCUUGCUCAUAAGCUCCAUAGUUGUGGAGGAAAGUCAAGGAAAGAUAGCAAGUCAGAAAUGUGGAAGAAGGAACAGAUUUGAGUUGAGGGGCAAAACUCUAAAAAUGUAAACGUGAUGCUUAUGGAGUUGAGAGAAAGAGAUUGCUGCUGGAAAUUGGAGGGAACUUGUUUUGAAUCUGUCUGGGAGAAUCAUUUGCCUUGGAUCUAUGCAAAUAAAGCUCCCCCAAAGGACCAUAGGGAUGAGCCAGCCUUGCCUUUUUUGUAUGGUUUUGUUUAUACAACAUUACUGGGACUUUUAAAUUUAGGUAGAGUUGGGAAAAAAGAUUUCCAUUUAGAUGUUUUAUAUGGUUGAUUAUGUUUAAAAUUACCAUUACUUAUUUUUUAAAAGCACACAGCUAUAUAUGUUUAUGUAUAUCUACCUAAACUUUGUAUCAUGGUUUCAGUGUAUUGUUCAUGUAUUACUGGGACAUGCUAACAAGAAAUCAAUCCAAAGAAAAAUUUGAAAGCAUUCCUAUUUAUAGAAUAAGUAAUUGUUUCAUUUAUAUAAAAGCAAAAGAACUUAGAGUUCUAAUAAAAUGGGAUAUCUAAUAAAUUAUGAAGUUACCCAUUUGAAUAUAUUAUAUUUUUAUAACUUUCCUUGCCAAAGUCCUGGGCUUAUUAGUACAUUAGAGAACUUGGCUUUUCCCCCUCUCCUCUACCAUCCAUUUGUCUCAUUCAUUCAUUUGGGACCUUUCACCUAAAGAGAAUCAAGAAAUAUAAAGGUGCAACAAGAUUGGCAAAAUGUUCUCCAAAAAAUGUUUUAAUCACUAACAUUUUGCUAAUAUUGAAGCAUCAUUUUGUGUUGAAUUCUUUGACUAGAUGUCAACAGUUGAUAAAUAUCCCUAUAAUAAAGCCUAAUGACCCAUUUCAGAAAAGAUGGAGCUGGGCCUUCCUAGCAAAUACAGCAGAGAAAAAUCUGACCCAAAGAAGAGUCUGAAUUUUGUAUGGGGUAGUAAGAAUGGCCAAUUCCUUGUAUAUUCCAGCUUUGCAGGUACCAUCCUAAAGUGUGAAACAGGGUUGCAGCUCAAAGUUGCUAUUCUUCCAGGAUAGAAAUGUUUUAGAAUAGAAUGUAUUUUUUAAGUGAAUAUUCCAUUAAUUCAUGUACACCCUUUCUUUUAAAGUUAGAAACCUAACUGUAUCCUAAACCUUGAAUAAGCUUUGUGCUAAACUUCAAAUAUGGAAGAUCACAAAAAUUAAUAUUUUCUUCCCUGAAACCAGAGUUUACAUGUGUGUUUUUCCCAUAAAAUGUCCAGAUAAAUGUAUUCAAGAUGCAAUACAGUAUUUUAACAUUCACAUAUCAUUUUAUAUUGAAAUAUAUUACAGUAUUAAAAUUCAGUGUUCCGUAUUUAUUUCAGUAUGCAUUUUAUUUAGUAAAAACCGAGAAAAACAUUUAAUCCAAUGGUGCCUUACUUAGUAAUUUGAAAGAAAUUGACUUUUUAUGUCUAAGUAGCAGAUGAUUUGCAUAUUUGUAAAAACCGUUAGGCCUUUAUAUUUUAACUUGUAAUACCAAUUUUGUUCUUUUAGUAGCAGAAAUGUGAUGACUGUUAAAGUGCCCCAAAUUUUGUGGCAUGAAAUUAAUUUUUCCCUGUUUAUAGUCAGAAACUGUAAAGGAAGAAAAAUGUUUUCAUCCCACUGCAUUAUGUAAACAUGCACAUUUCGGUACUUAUGUCAUCAGGAUAGUUUAAAUGAUGGGGUAGGGUCUACCCUAGACAUCUGUGUCUUUGUAAGUUAGUCAGACAAUAAAUAAAAGCAGAAUGGUCAGUGUCA